GAGUGGCCUCGAGGCUGGAAAUAAUCCUGUUGGCCAGGCCCCCGGAGCCACACAGAUGAGAAAGCGAUGCAGGAAACUCUGUUGUUUACACGUGUCUGUAACGCUGAGCCGCUGACGCAGCCCCGAGAGCCCAGAGGGCCUGAGAAGAUGAAUUUAGAUGCCAUUUAUCGGUUAAUUGAGGAAACACAAAUCUUCGGGUUGCAGCAGCCAUCGGUUAAGCCACCGGGGGACGCUGUAGCGCCUGCCUCGGGCCCCCGGGACACCUGUGACUCCCGUUGGCCACUUCAUGGGCCACAGUGUCAUGCGGCGCACAGCUCCUGGGCUCGCUGCAGCGACACCAGCGAGUGGGACAUCUGCGAGGAGCUUCGCCUGCGGGAGCUUGAGGAGGUGAAGGCCAGAGCGGCGCAGAUGGAGAAGACCAUGCGCUGGUGGUCGGACUGCACGGCCACCUGGAGGGAGAAGUGGGGUCAAGUCCGCGCCGAGAGGAACAGCGCCAGGGAGGAGGGGAGGCAGCUCAGGAUGAAGCUGGAGAUGGCGGUGAAAGAGCUGAGCGCUCUGAGGAAGCAGCCGAGGGCCCCCCAGCACAGGGCGGCUCUGGAAGCUGGGGGGGCCCGGGCCCAGGCGUGUCCGCGCGUCACAGACACGCCCUGUGCACCAGGGGACCCCUUUCCCGCGGGCUCACACCCACGUGAGUCCGGCAGAGAGCGUCUGGGAGACAGAGACUUUCCCGCAGAGACCUCAGACAGCUCGGAAGGAGGUUUGGUUCUUGACCCAUUAAGGUUAAAUGAGGAGGAGAGGCCCCCCCUGGGCUGUCCCGAUGCGUUGGAGAAUGGUGGCUCCGAAAGCUGCCCGGGGGAACCUGGGCUCGGGCAGGCGGGACCUGAGGCUGCAGCUCUGCGGGGCCGUUUGCACGCGCUCCAGACAGUCUUGCGGAGGGAGAGGCGAACGCGCUCGUCUCUGGAAAAAGAAAUUGAGCGGCUGGAGGCAGCUGUGUCUUCGUGGAAACAGAAGUACGAAGAACUGAGAGACUGGCCGGCCGCAGGCAGGACAGAGCUGGAGCGAUUGCAGGCGGAGGGUGCGGCGGAGUGGGACCAGAGGGCCAUGCUUGACACAGAGAAGCAAGGACUGGAGAGAGAAAACAGAAGGCUCCAGGGCCAGGGGAGAGAGACGGACGAUCUCCUCAAGAGGAGAGAGGCGUUAAGUGCAAACCCCCAAGGCCCUGGUUUCAAGACGUCGCAGGAUGAACUGCAGGAGAAAAGCAAGGAGCUGUUGGACCUUCAGCAGGCCUACCGUCGGCUCCGCGGCCACCACCAGGCGAAAAGCGCCGAGCUGACCCUGGCCACCCACCGCGCGGCCCAGAGCGCGGCCGAGGUGACGCACCUGCGACUCCGCAUGGGGGACCUGAAGCAGAGGCUCGUCCAGAAGGAAGGCCAGCUUGAUGAUGUCCUGAAUCAGAUCCGUAAGCUCCAGAGAUCUCUAGAUGAACAGAAAGAAGCCAAUGAGAACUUGGAGGCUGAACUCAGGCACUUACAGAACCGGUAA